AUGGCCAUCACCAGCGCUGUCAACGACCUUUUCGCCUCCAUCUAUGAGCUCUUUGCCUCAGUCUUCAACACAAUCUACACCGUUAUCCACGCUAUCUUCUCCGCCAUCCUGGGUUUCAUCCAGGGUUUCUUCAACCUCAUCACCGAUGUUCUCUCUGGCCUCGUUGACGUCACAGGCGGAGUUGGCAAAUUCGUGGCCAGCAACGCUGCCAUUCUGGCUGUCGGAGCCCUUGCUGCUUUCGCCUAUGUGAGAUACACUGCGCAAGGAAAGGCUGUUGCGAACAAGAAGACCCAGUAA